AUGGGGAAUAUGUUUGCAAAUUUAUUUAAAGGCCUAUUUGGCAAAAAGGAAAUGAGAAUAUUGAUGGUUGGUCUUGAUGCAGCUGGUAAAACCACAAUCUUAUACAAACUUAAAUUAGGAGAAAUCGUUACAACAAUUCCCACAAUUGGAUUUAAUGUGGAAACUGUAGAAUACAAAAACAUCAGUUUCACUGUGUGGGAUGUAGGUGGUCAAGACAAAAUCAGACCUCUAUGGAGGCAUUAUUUCCAGAAUACACAGGGUCUCAUCUUUGUAGUAGACAGUAAUGACCGAGAGCGUAUCGGCGAAGCGCGUGAGGAGCUCAUGAGAAUGUUAAGUGAAGAUGAAUUACGGGAUGCAGUACUUUUGAUCUUUGCAAACAAACAGGAUCUACCGAACGCCAUGAACGCAGCCGAGAUAACAGACAAGCUAGGCCUGCACUCGCUGCGCAACCGCAACUGGUACAUCCAGGCGACAUGUGCCACUUCAGGCGAUGGCCUCUAUGAGGGGCUCGACUGGCUCUCCAACCAGCUCAAGAACGCCAACCGC